AUGGGCGGGUUAUGGGACUGGGAUGAACUCUUCACUUUACUAUUACAACAACUUUUACGAUUCGAUCCUUUAAUACUCUUUUGCUGUAUCUGCUUGCGAUGGUGGAGAUGGGAGGGGGGAUGGGAGGGGGGAUGGGGGAGGUUUCGAGCGGGAACUGUCGAUUACUGGCACGAAACGAAUGAUGAUACGCAUGCUUCUCACUCGACACGCUUCUCAUCGCACACACGCAAGCAAACACCCUCACUCUUCACUCCACGCAAGUUCUCCACAGCAAACAACUUUCUCCACAACAAACCACAAAAAAUAAUCAAACACCACUUCACAUUUUUGGUUUCACGGCCUUUCCUCGAUGACGGUGGUUUUGGGAGGGAGGGCAUUUUAUACUUUUCUGGAUGA